GAGGAGGAGGAGGAGCUGGCAAAUCCAGAACACUGCUUCAGAGGGCUGAUGGUUAUCUGUUUCCUACGAAUGCCUCCCUCUGAAUCCAGCCGGCCUUCCCCCUGUUAAAGUCCCAGCCUGUAAAAUGCCACCAGCUGGCUAUGUCUCCAGAAGGGUUUACGGCUGAGUGGCAAAUUCAGAACGCCAUGGCGAGGAGGUCUGGCAUGCAGCUUGUGUUGUUUCCCCUUUUCUUCUUCUUGAGAGAUGUCUUUUGUUCUGAAGACGAGCACCGGCUUUAUGGUGAAUUGUUUGCCAAUUAUAACAAUAUCAUCAGGCCUGUUGAACAUGUAUCUGAUCCUGUCAUGGUUUGGUUUGAAGUGUCUUUGACUCAGCUGGUAAAGGUGGAUGAAGUGAACCAGAUUAUGGAGACCAAUUUAUGGCUGAAGCAUAUCUGGAAUGAUUACAAACUCAGAUGGAAUCCAGACAACUAUGGAGGGGUGCAGUACAUCCGAGUGCCAUCAAAUAAGAUCUGGAAGCCAGAUAUCAUGUUGUAUAACAAUGCAAUUGGGGACUUCCAGGUGGAUGACAAAACAAAAGCUUUGCUGAAUUACACCGGAAACGUAACAUGGAUGCCUCCAGCCAUAUUUAAGAGCUCGUGUAAAAUAGAUGUGACCUACUUUCCCUUCGACUACCAGAAUUGCACAAUGAAGUUUGGCUCUUGGACCUAUGACAAAGCUCAGAUUGACUUAGUCCUCAUUGGUUCCACAAUGAACCUCAAGGAUUACUGGGAAAGUGGAGAGUGGGCCAUCAUCAAAGCACCAGGCUAUAAGCACGACAUCAAAUACAACUGCUGCGAGGACCUCUACCCAGAUAUCACCUACUCUCUGUACAUCAGACGGCUGCCCUUGUUUUACACCAUCAACAUGAUCAUCCCGUGCCUUCUGAUCUCCUUUUUGACCGUGCUGGUGUUUUACCUUCCAUCAGACUGCGGCGAGAAAGUAACCCUGUGCAUCUCGGUCCUCUUGUCCUUGACGGUUUUCCUCCUGGUCAUAACCGAGACCAUUCCAUCCACUUCACUGGUGAUCCCGUUGAUCGGGGAGUACCUCCUCUUCACCAUGCUGUUUGUCACCCUCUCAAUCGUCAUCACGGUCUUUGUACUUAACGUUCACUACAGAACUCCCAGCACACACACCAUGCCAGAGUGGGUGAAGAUGGUUUUCCUAGACUUUCUCCCUCGAAUCAUGUUCAUGACGCGACCCACCAGCAACGAAGAUGAGGGCAGAAGCCAGAAGGUGAAGCCAUCUUACAAUACGGAGCUCUCCCAGUUGAACUUCAUCCAUAUCCCAGACAGCAGGUGCUGCCAAGACUUCUUCCCAUGCCAAGGGCUCACAUAUGCUUGCUGCCAGCAUGAGCACAAAAAUUACUUGAAGGGGACCAGCAACCUGACCCAGAGCUCCAGUUCGGAGUCCAUGGAUGCUCUGUUUUCAUCUCCAUUGAUGUCACCAGAAGUGAGAGAUGUGAUGGAUAGCAUUAAAUACAUUGCUGAAAACAUGAAGCUACAGAACGAAGCCAAGGAGACUCAAGAUGACUGGAAAUAUGUUGCCAUGGUAAUUGAUCGCAUUUUCCUGUGGGUGUUUAUUCUUGUGUGUAUUUUGGGGACAGCAGGAUUGUUCCUGCAACCACUGAUGAUCAGAGAUGAAAUUUGAACAAGGUGACACAGCAGAAAGGACUUUUUCAUCUUUGGUGUCCAAACACAUGACAUUUAUGUUGAGCUGCUUAUUUCUGUGUCUUUAAGUACCAAAAUAAAGAUAUCUAAGAUCAUAUAGAGAUGAAAACAA